AUGGGCCUCUUCACCAAGAACGAGGAGGCCAAGGCCCGCAGGACACAAGAGCGAGAGGAACAACAGAAGAAGGCGAAAGCAGUGCCGCCACCUUACGUUCAUACCCCGACUCACGCCUUGAACGACUCACUCUUAAGUGUCCCACAUGCCUAUAGGGGCACAGACAAGCAGAGGCUGAAGCAGGCUCACCAGCAGCGUCUGGAGAAGGAAGCCUCUGCCCUCGCCGCCGGUUCCGACACCAACGUCACCAACAUACCGGCCAAGUACUGGCAGGGCCAACCUCUGCCCGCCCAGUUCAAGGCUCCUACCCCGGCCAAAUUGCGCAAGUUGGCCUUGUCCAGUCCUUCUCUCAAAGGAAAGAAGGUUGAGCUACCCGUAGCCUCGGCGGCUAAGCAGCAGUCGCAAACACCAACAGACGAAGGAUAUGCAUCUGGCCCCAGCCGAAACAGCACGGGAAAGCCUCCUCGUGAGCUGGCCAGCUCGGCCAAGGGCCCAUCUCACGAGCCCGAGACGAAGCAAUCUCAGCAAGAUCAAGCUGCGGAAGCAGGUAGCGAAGCCGAGUUGAAGCGUCUCAGGAGGAGGGUAAGAGAGCUUGAGGGAAAGCAGAGAGGUACGCAGAACGAACGAAACCUUCUGGGCCAUCCCUCCGUCCAGACCAAACCACCAGCACAGAAUGACUCCAGUUCAAAGACACUCGGCGGCGCAGCACCAGCCUCGGUGCCCAACUUCAGCAUGAAACCUGUCUUCGAGAGCAGAAACAGUUCAUCCGACGCCUUGAAGUCGCUGUGCUCCGGAGUAUCCGAAACGGUCGACGAACUCACCCCGCCAACGUCGACCUCGAUCAAAAACGGAUCCCAAGGGGUUGGUGGGGUGGACCGCUACGACUGGGCCAACCACUGGGCACGCGUCGCCGCCCGCACGGCGGAGGAGAGAGACGAGCUGCCCCCGGCUGUUGACCCCCAAGAGCGUCAAGCCCCAAUGGCAAAGGACGAGCCAUGUUAUGCGUCACUGGAUGAGUUCAGCCACCUGGUGGACCCCGCCUCGACGGCCAAGUACUCGAGCAACUCCCGCAGACGCCGAAGUACCAAGGCGCCCAAGCGCCCCGGAUCCAUGAGCGCUGUGUCCAACGCGACCGUCGCGGGGUCGAGCCCGCCGAACAACAGGAGGGAACCUUUGGAGAUGCCAUCGUACAGCCUCAUGGCUGACUGGGACUUUGGCUUUUCCGCGGCCACCACGCCAACCACGCUGAGGCCUGCCAACAAUUCGUCCGGGAAUUGGAUCUAG